AUGGAAUUUCUUUCAAUGUCCCGAGAGGAGGUUCAACUUCGCAUUGCCGAGGUUCAUAAAGUGACUGUUGGCGCUGCUAUUCUUCAGCAGGGAGACUCUGGGCCUACUGUACUUCUUCUCAAGCGAAAUCCAGCUGAGAAGUACUACCCGGAUGUCUUCGAACUCCCAGGAGGCAAGUUUGAUGCUACAGAUGGCACUGUUAAUGAUGCGAUCAUCCGCGAAGUCUUUGAAGAGACACAAUUGGCCGUGGUAGAGGUCAUAUCGCCGCUAUCUCGCAUAACUUACACCACCGAGAAGCUGGAGAAGAGCCCGACGGAUCAAGGAACAAUUGUCAGAUGUCGUGCCGUGCAAUUGAGCUAUGUCGUGAAAGUCGCAGAGAACAACUUUCGAGUCAACAAAGAGGAACAUUCUUGCGGAAUCUGGGCGAGCUGCGACCAUCUUGACGAGAUUCCAAUCACCUCAGAUAUGAAGGCGUUGGUAUUGGAGGCGCUGGAGUUGGCACGCGCACACACCGCAUCAAAUAAGUAA